AGGAAGAGAGAAAAGACAAGCGAGACUUGGCAAGGCUCUAUCGCAGCUCCCUUUGUCUGUGUGUUUCGGCUUUGCGCUGCUGAGGAAAUCAAAAAUACCAAGGGUGUAGGAGCUGCUUCAAUGCUAACAAACAAAAAACCGGACCAAAAAAAAAAAAAAACGGCUGAAAUAUUUCAGGAGCAGAGGUUGACGGGCGCGAUUUCUGUAACAAAUAUGCAGUUUGCUAGAUGAUUCCAGCAAAACUACUGUCUUUCUCCCCCCCACCCUGAGGGGAAGUUGUUUGAGCCAAGAGAUGACCAGGUUGCUUGAAAAAUCUUUGGGGGGUUUUUUUGUGGUAAUUUCAUAAGCGCGAGAUGUAGCGUCUGUUUGUUUCUGUUCUCCCACACAAAAGGAGCCUCAAAGUCAUUUUGGGUUUUUCAAGACCAAGGACUGCCAAAAAUCGUCGCAGCCAAACAAAUGGCAAGAAAAAAAAGUUUGUUUUCUUUUGUUUGUCCUCCUGCCCUUAUCAGCCGGACAAAUAUAAGUUCUUCUCGCCCUCCAAAGUUCAGCGACUGUCAGAUUUGAGCUCUACAACCAGACGACAGCUUCCAAGAGGGGGUCGACUGACGGCUUGGACCACCAAAAGAAAGUUGGUUGACCUUCGCAAACGGACCCAAUCCAAGUGGAAUCUUCUUCAAGUCAGAAAUGUUACCCGAGAAACAAAAUGCAGUUGGAAGCUUAAUUCGCGUGUCGGCGGAUUCCAUUGGAUUCAAUCGCAUCUCACAGAAUGAUUUGACAAUUUGAAGACCCCUCUCAACAAGUUCUGACUGUAAAAGGGACAGCUCUGUUUUGCUUUGUCCCAUCAGUAGUCAAUAGCUUCCAGCUGAAUGGACGAUGGAUUCUGUGGAGCAUUUUGUAGUGCUAUAAUCGCCACUUGCUGCCUCCUUGAUGGACAAUGGUUGGAGAUCAGAAGGCCCGAAAGCUUAUUUCGCCCCUCCUUUUUAGAGCUUUCUUUCUUAGACAAAGUGUUCAGAUCUUCAAAAAUCGGAUGGUGGCGUCUGAUACUUGAAGACUCCCGAGAAGCACCAUGUUAAUGGAAACAGAACAGUGCCCCCAUUCCCCGAGGGACUGCAGAUGGCCGUGUUCGGUAUGGGCUGCUUCUGGGGGGCCGAGAGAAAGUACUGGAAGAAGAGUGGAGUCUACUCCACCCAGGUGGGCUACGCGGGCGGGAUCACGGCCAACCCCACCUACAGAGAGGUCUGCACAGGUGGAACAGGCCACGCUGAGGUGGUCCGGGUGGUGUUUGACCCUGUGAAGGUGACAUACGCUGAUCUCCUCAAGCUGUUUUGGGAAAGCCACGACCCUACACAAGGAAUGCGACAGGGAAACGACCACGGCACCACCUAUCGAUCCGCCAUCUACACGUACUCAGAAGAACAGAUGAACAGUGCCCUCUCCUCUAAAGUGGAGUACCAGAAGGCUCUGGCUGAGGAGGGGUUCGGGAUGAUCACCACCGAGAUCCGCGAGGCCCCGGAGUUCUACUACGCCGAGGACUACCAUCAGCAGUACCUCAGCAAAGAACCCAGGGGCUACUGUGGGCUCAGUGCCACCGGGGUCUCCUGUCCAAUAGGACUGAAGAAAUAUUGACGGACAGGUUCGGAGUGGAAUUCCCCUUAAAUCAAAUGCAACUGUAAAUCAGGUCAGCCUUUUAGGUUAAUAUCAAUAAUUAUCCUAAUAUCAUUAUUACACUGUACAGCACAGUAUCAGAUUCCUCUAUAUUUAUUAUUCAUGUCAGCAAAAUGCAAUGAAAACAUAUUUAAUUCGAUUUUGACUCAAGUAUUUUAGCUUCCUCUAAUUUUCGCUAUGCAAGUACUGCCAUUACCUCGAUUUUUGUUUUUAAAAAUUAGCGUUUGUGUGUAAUAUAUGCAGUACUCACACUAAGUAACACUACACUCCGACUGUAUGCUAAAAGUAUAUAUUAAAUAAAUUAACAAAAUGA